AAUGAGCGGGAAGAGAGAGAGGAGAGAGACGAGGAGAGCUGGGGCGUGCGAUGCCGGCUGGAGCGAGCAAGAGAGGAGAGGAGGAGAGAGAGAGGAUUCACACACUGCCGGGGUCCUAAUCCGAGUCCAUCUCCGAAGAGCAGUGUUGGAGAAGAUCAGAGACGAAGCUCAAGUGGGGUUUCUGCUGGAAGAGUUGGGAUUGGAAAGGCGGACCGGACGGGACAGAGACCAGAGAAAGAGACUGGAAAGUGGAUAAGAGCAAAGCAAUGUCAGACAGGUUUGAUUCUGUUGCAUUCCCAGCCAAUCAGAGCCUUCGUUAGCACGGGCGUUGGCGAGUAAUUGGGAGAAGGAUGGCGACCAUGCCAUUUGUCAGUGAGGGGAAGUGCGUGAGCGUGGAGUGGGAUUUCCUACAAGGACUUCUGGCCAAGCCUCCUACCCUGCCAUGUCUCCAGAACCUGCGUAAAGAAAAGUCUCGUAAUGCAGCUCGCUCGCGGCGGGGCAAAGAAAACUUUGAGUUCUUUGAGUUGGCCAAAAUGCUGCCAUUGCCGGGGGCCAUCACCAGUCAACUGGACAAGGCCUCUGUCAUCCGGCUUACUAUUAGCUACCUGCACAUGCGCACCUUUGCCAGCCAGGGAGACCCGCCCUGGAGCCCCCUUCUGGAGGGGGACAGCAACUGCAGCAAAGUAAGACGAUCAUCUCACUCUCUGGCUACUGACAUGUUUGAGCAGCACUUAGGAGCACACCUCCUUCAGUCUCUGGACGGCUUUGUGUUUGUGGUCAGCCAGGAGGGACGCUUCCUUUACAUCUCAGAGACUGUUUCCAUCUACCUGGGCCUCUCGCAGGUGGAGCUGACCGGCAGCAGUGUGUUUGACUACAUCCACCCGGCGGACCACGUGGAGAUGGCCGAGCGGCUGGGGAUCAGGCCUCAUCUGCGGGCAGAGGCGGGCUGCCACACAGCCCCUGAGAGCGCCUCCAGCUCCGCCUCCACCUCCUCUUUAGCCGGCACUCCCGAACCUGCUCCAUCGAGUCCUCACUCACACUCGGCCGAUGACCCACCCGACCGUGGCUUCUUCAUCCGAAUGAAGUCCACCCUGACCAAAAGAGGCCUCCAUGUGAAGUCAUCAGGAUACAAGGUAAUCCACGUGACAGGCCGGAUCCGCUGCCGUCCAUCUUUGGUCCCAGGCUCGUCGCGGUCGGUGAGGCGCCCCAUGGGUUUGGUGGCGUUGGCACACACCCUCCCCCCCUCCACGCUCAACGAAGUGCGCAUGGAGAGUCAUAUGUUUGUCUUCCGAGUCAACAUGGACCUACAGAUCACGUAUUGUGAAAACAGAAUCUCGGAGUAUAUGGACCUGACUCCUGCAGAAGUUGUGGGUCAUACGUGUUACCACUUUGUCCAUGUUGAAGACCUGGAAAACCUUCGGCAAAGCCACGAGGACUUACUAAGGAAAGGCCAGGUGGUUACAGGUUACUACCGCUGGCUGCAGAGGCGAGGGGGUUACUUGUGGAUUCAGUCCACUGCCACGGUGUCCAUCAAUCACAAAGCCCCCCACGAGCGCAACGUCAUCUGGGUCAACGUGGUUCUCAGUCGGACAGAGUUGCCUGACACGCCCCUUGAUUUGCUGCAGCUACCGGAGAGCGUUCGGGCUGAACGACUUCGCGUUAGCUCCUCUCCCUCUGACAGCUCCCCACAGGCCCGAAGUGCACAACCAGCUAAAGGCCCAACAACAAAGAGUGACACAGAAAGUAAAAGCAGGGAGAAGUUCCCGGUGGCUGCAGUGCAGUCAGAGGAGCGAAGGAAGCGUUUGCUGAGGCCCGAGCCUGAAGGGGCUCCACCUGAGGCUCGGCGCCGACUAGAAGAAGCUCGGCAAGCAGAGGAGAGCGUGUCUGCCUCGUCCGAUCUGGCCAGUGAGAGCGAGGGAGAGGAAGAUGAAGAGGUGGAAUGGGACAGCGACAGGCUGAAGGAGGAGGGCAGGGGGGGCAGUAAACACAGCAGGGCAGGAGAAAGUUCAGGACGAGGGGCCAGCUCCGGGGGGCGGGCGCACAACGGCCGUGCAGUCAUCCAGCAGCUCAAGAGCGUGGUGACUCCUGCCCCUCUGCCUGGUAGCCCCAGUAUCAAGACUGAACAUGAGGCUCUGAGCGCUCGCUGGAACUCCACCUCACACCCCUCUCAACCCCCACACACCACCCCCUCCAACACCCCCACCAAGGGUUUGUUCACUCCCCCGUCCCCCACCUUAUCCCCCCCUAUGUCUGUGUCAUCUCCCCGGGAGGAUAGAGGGUCCAUCGGCCGCGGUAGUGCUGGAGGCCCGGACUUUGACUUGUUGCAGAGACUAGCAGCAGGUGGAGCGGCGGCAGGGCGGGUGCUCUUCCACCCCCUGGCUCUGGGACCCCAGGGUCCACAGAGUCUUUAUGCCCCUAGCACAAUCCGCUAUGCCCCUCCUGAACUGCCCCCGUCCCACCACCACAGCACAGCGCACGACGGGCUGCAGUUACGCUCCGACCACCACAAGGGACCCCCUCCAUCCUUCUUCCCCCAUCUGCAGAGGCUGGCGGGGCUGCCACCCUUCAGCGGAUUCUCUCCGUCCGACAGCCCCUUCCCCUCUGGACUGCCCUUCUGUAUGAACGGACUGAGGGGGGCCGCGGGCUCCGAGGAGGACUGAGACCACUGAAUAUACAAGAGACAAAGACGUGCUGACCUUAAAAAGGCAGCACGGACAGUAAACAGACAUUAAACCUCAAAGGAUUUUACUAAUUGGAUGAUAGGCUGAAUAACCACAAUCGAAAGUGACGGACAAGUGGCUGCCAUAGGGACUCCAGCUGUGAGUGACUCUCAGAGAAAACUUGUGACUGAAUGUCCCACAGACUCCUCCAGCUACAGUAAUGACUAGUGUUGAUUCUGUCUCUUCCACUCAGAGAAGCCAUAAUGUAAAUAGAAAAGAACCAUAAAGACCCUCAACUCACACCAUGUGUCACUUCAAUGACUCUGUUAACUCUAAAAUGGACACUUGUCUGUGGGAAG